AUGGAGGGGAUGGCGGAGCUCAGCCAGGAGGCGGUAUUGCGCUUCCUCGCCGAGCGCGGAGGCCGAGUCCGCAACGCCGAGCUGGUGGAUCACUUCAAGGGCUCCCUGGGCGGCGAACCCGAGCAGCGGGCCCGCGCCCGCGAGCAUUUCAAGCAGCUGGUCAACGCCGUAGCCACUGUCCGCACCGAUCCCGCCGACGGCGCCAAGUACGUGCAUCUCAAGAAGAAGUUCAGCGCGGGACUCCCGCCCCCAGAGGAGGCCCCGGCGCCCGCCGCCACCCCGCCCCGCAUCUCGGUGACCGAGGAGCCCCGCGAUGACGCCCCAGUGACCCCAGAGGACCCGCUCCCCGCGGCCGCUCCCGAGCCCCCGGAGCACCCCGAGCCGGGGGGCCUGAACUCCGGGGACCCCCGGGGUGAGCCGCCCAGGCCGGGGCAGAGGCCGCCCCAGGGCACCGGGGUCCGCAAGAGGAACUCACGCCGCAGCUUGCAGCCGCUGCCGCGGGGUCCUCCCGCAGGACCCGGCGACGAGCUGGAGCCCCCGGGCCCGGGCUGGGAGGAGGCCGAGGGGGGCGGCUUGCCCGGGGCGGCCAUCACCCCGAGGUCCACCCGCAAGAACUUCCGAGAGCUGGUGAUGGGCAGCUCGCCGCAGCUCAAGAGGAGCUUCUUCGCCGGGGCCGGCAGCCGCAAGGGCGGCGGGGACUCGGACAGCGCCUCCCUGGCCUCGUCGUCGGCGGAGGAGGAGAGCAGCGGCGGCUCGGUGACCCUGGACCCGCUGGAGCACGCCUGGAUGCUGUCGGCCGCCGACCCCCAGUGGGACAGCCUGGAAGGGCUGCUGAGCUGCGAGCCCAGCCUGCUGGCCAAGCGGGACUUCAUCACCGGCUUCACGUGCCUGCACUGGGCCGCCAAGCACGGCCGCCCGGAGCUGCUGGCCAGGCUGGUCAGCUUCGCCACCAAGCAGCAGCUGCCGGUGGACAUCAACGCCCGCACGAGCGCGGGCUACACCGCCCUGCACCUGGCCGCUAUGCACGGCCACGUGGAGGUGGUGAAGCUGCUGGUGGGGGCCUACGACGCAGACGUGGACAUCAGGGACUACAGUGGCAGGAAGGCCUCUCACUACCUGGACCACAGCAUCGCCGAGGAGAUCCGGAACCUGGUGGGAGCCCUGGACGAGGGUGACCCCGAGAGCGCCGCUGGCAGCAGCGGGGGGCGCUGGAAGCUUUCCAGGGUGCUUCCCUCGCACCUCAUCACCCACAAAAUGUCGCACGCCCUCGAGGAUGGAGGGAACCAUCAUCACCAUCUGGCGGAAGCCUGGGCUGGAGGCAAAGCGAAGGACUCGGGGCGCAAAGCCCCAGGUAGUUCUAGUGGGCGCUUAAGACCCAGGUUCAACAAAAUCCGCUUUCGAACCCAGAUCGUCCACACCACUCCCUCACUCCGGGACCUGGAGCAGCCGCUGGAGGAGGAGGAAGAGGAGCAGGCCCUGAAAAACCACUCCUUCAAACUGAGGCCGAAGUCCAACGUGUUUGGGUAA